CAAGGGGUGGAACUGAGGAGAAUCGAGAGAGCCCAGGUCGGGGGCCGGGAGGGAGCUCACGAUCGGCUCCCAGUGUCAGAGAGCCGAAUGAGUAGAAUUAGGGUGGAGUGAGAAGGAGGGGACUGAGGUGACAUGCCUCUCCCCUGAAUGCCCCGGUUUGAGGAAUCCUAUCAGAGGACGGGAUGUGAAGAUACUUCAAGGAAGGGAAAGAAGAAGGGAUUGUUGGACUGUCUGGGAAUUGAAAUCAUUCUGGCAGGAAUUCCGAAAUCCCCACCACUUCCUCCUUCCAAGGGAUUUGAUCCCUCAAUGGCUACCACUAACAGCAUCAUUGUGCUGGACGAUGAUGAUGAAGAUGAAGCAGUCGCUCAGCCAGGGCCCUCUCACCCACCCCCCAAUCCGGCCUCACCCCAGGCAGACGGCCCUGGCUCUUCUGAGCCCAAUGGGGCCGGAGGAAGCUGUAGUUCUGGCGGCAAGAAAUGCUACAAGUUGGAGAAUGAGAAGCUGUUUGCAGAGUUCCUUGAACUAUGUAAGACACAGACCACGGACCACCCUGAGGUGGUCCCGUUCCUCUCUAACCGGCAGCAGCGUGCCCACUCUCAGUUUUUGGCCUCAGCGGAGUUCUGCAACAUCCUCUCCCGGGUCCUGGCACGGGCCCGGAGCCGGCCAGCUAAACUCUACGUCUACAUCAAUGAGCUCUGCACGGUUCUCAAGGCCCACUCAGCCAAGAAGAAGCUGAACUUGGCUCCCGCUGCACCCACCUCCAGUGAGCCCUCUGAGAACACUCCUCCCAGAGAACACUCCUCAGACUCCACACAUGCCGAACCCACUGUCUCCGAGGUGCCAAAGACCCGUGGUUCCCGCCGGCAGAUCCAGCGCUUGGAGCAGCUGCUGGCGCUCUAUGUGGCGGAGAUCCGGAGGCUGCAGGAGAAGGAGCUGGAUCUGUCAGAACUGGACGACCCAGACUCCACAUACCUGCAGGAGUCACGCCUGAAACGGAAGCUGAUCCGCCUGUUUGGGCGUCUGUGUGAGCUGAAGGACUGCUCAUCGCUGACAGGCCGCGUCAUAGAGCAGCGCAUCUCUUACCGGGGCACCCGCUACCCUGAGGUCAACAGGCGCAUUGAGCGGCUCAUCAACAAGCCCGGGCUCGAUACCUUCCCCGACUACAGAGACGUGCUGCGGGCUGUGGAGAAGGCGGCUGUUCGGCACAGCCUUGGCCUCCCCCGGCAGCAGCUACAGCUCAUGGCCCAAGAUGCCUUCCGAGAUGUGGGCAUCAGGUUACAGGAGCGACGCCACCUCGAUCUUAUCUACAAUUUUGGCUGCCACCUCACAGAUGACUAUAGGCCAGGCAUUGACCCCGCCCUGACAGAUCCUGUGUUGGCCCGGCGCCUUCGGGAAAACCGGAGCUUGGCCUUGAGCCGGCUAGACGAGGUCAUCUCGAAAUAUGCAAUACUACAAGACGAGAGUGAGGAGGGCGAGAGGCAGAAGAGAAGGGCCCGGCUCCAAGGCACCUCUUCCCUUUCUGCAGACUCCCCCCAGGCCUCCCUGGAUUCUGGUGAGGGUCCUAGUGGAAUGGCUUCCCAGGAGUGCCCUACCACCUGCAAAGCUGAGACAGAUGAAGAACAAGAUGAAGAAAGUGAUGAAGAAGAGGAGGAAGAAGAAGAAGAGGAGGAGGAGGAGGCCACAGAUUCCGAAGAAGAGGAUGUGGAACAAAUGCAGGAAGGUCAGGGGGACGAUGAAGAUGAGGAGGAGGAGGAAGAUGAGGAAGAGGAGGAGGUGACAGGUAAGGCUAUAGACAGGAGUCCCGCAUCUCCACCACAGAUCUCCACUGAAAGGAACCUGGCACCCAGCCGAGAGCUGGGCAGGUGCUCCGGGAAGCAGCCACACCAAGGACUCCCAGCGAUGCAGUCCUCACCAGGGGCCAUGGUGGCAGAGCCCAUGAUGCCCUGUGGCCCGGAGGCCGAAGGCAGUGGGGAGCAGCUCGAACAGAUGCCCGUGGAGGAGAGCCCUGGCUCCCAGCUCUUUGAGCUGGAGAUUGAGGCCUUGCCUCUGGAGAGCACCUCCUCUCCUGAGGAGAGGGACAUUUCUUCUUCCAGGAAGCAGCCCGAGGAGCCUGUUACCACUGUCCUGGAGAACGGGGCAGCCAUGGUCACCUCCACGUCCUUUAAUGGUGGAGUCUCUCCUCAGGCCUGGGGCAACUCCCCACCUCCCUGUAAGAGAUCACGGAAGGAGAACAAGCAGACUGCCUCUGGGCCUCUAGGAGCCAGCCACGUGGACAGGGAAGAAGGCACGUGGAAUGAGAACAGCAGGAAGAUGCAAGCCCUGCCCAGCCCCCCGUCCCCCAUAGCCGCUGUGGCCUCAGCGGCUGACUCAUCCACACGGGUGGAUUCUCCCAGCCACGGCCUGGUGACCAGCUCCCUCUGCAGCCCUUGUCCGGCCCAGCCGGCCCAAGGCCUGCAGACACAGCCCGCCUGCAGCACUACCCGCAAGACGAGCGUUGCCACACAGUGCGAUCCAGAGGAGAUCAUUGUGCUGUCGGACUCGGAUUAGCUGCCGCCCCUCCUCCUGCCCCCAGAAUGUUUGGAGGACAAUAAGAAAUGGGAGGCCCAAGGAAGGGACGGAUUGCAGCGAAUCCCCUUUUGGUGACAUCUCUUUUAAAAAUGCAGAAGCUUAAGUUUUACACAGAAACGUUAAUAAACAAUAAAUUUUUUUUUUGUAUUGUA